AACCUUUAUCUCCAUCUCCAACUUGCUUAUAAUAUUCUUCUUUCAACUGUCAUCUAAGUUCUUUCUUUGCUCGUCUCUUAUUCAUUCAUUAAUUCUUUACAGUAUUGGGUUAUUUGGGUUGUAGAGUAACUAUGCCAACCAUCGAAAUUUACUUGGCUUUCUUUGUUACUAUGUCUAUAAUGGUGUCAGUGUCAUCGGCAAUGCCAUCACUCAAAGUGGGUUACUAUCAAUCAACUUGUCCUUCUGCAGAGACCAUUGUGAGAAACACUGUAAACAAAGCAGUGUCAAGGAACCCUGGCCUAGCAGCUGGCAUCAUCAGAAUGCAUUUCCAUGAUUGUUUUGUCAGGGGUUGUGAUGCUUCUAUCCUAGUUGAUUCAACCCCUGGAAAUCUAGCCGAGAGAGAUAGUCCAGUCAACAAUCCAAGCUUAAGAGGUUUUGAAGUGAUAUUUGAGGCAAAGGCUGCACUUGAAGCUCAAUGCCCACAAACAGUCUCAUGUGCAGACAUUAUUGCAUUUGCUGCUCGUGACAGUGCUUACAAAGUUGGAGGCAUAAAUUACAAAGUUCCAUCAGGACGCCGUGAUGGAAGAAUUUCACGUGAAAACGAGCCUAUUCUAAACCUUCCACCACCUACCUUCAAUGCUCAGGAACUCGAACAAAGAUUUGCGCAAAAAGGACUUAGUCUUGAUGAAAUGGUGACACUUUCUGGUGCACAUUCCAUAGGAAGGUCACAUUGUUCGUCUUUCUCAAAGCGAUUAUACACUUUCAAUGAAACAAAUCCACAAGACCCUUCAAUGGAUCCCAUAUUUGCUAGAGACCUAAAGACCAAGUGUCCACAAAAUGGUGGCAAUGAUGAUCCAACAGUACCACUUGAUGUACUUACACCACAUAGGCUUGACAAUAAGUAUUAUACAAAUUUGAAGAAACACCAUGGCUUAUUGACAUCUGAUCAAUCUCUUUUGAGCAGCCCUUCUACAGUUGGAAUUGUCAGAAAUAAUGCAAGGCAUGGUGAAACAUGGGCUAAUAAGUUUGCAGCAGCUAUGGUGAAAAUGGGUUACAUUGAUUUGCUUACAGGAAGUCAAGGUGAGAUCAGGAAAGAUUGUAGAUUUGUGAACUAGAUAUUACAGGUUUAUUGGUAUGACUAUUGAAAUUAUUUUGUAUUAUUUUUUUACAUUGAUUCAUUAGUCAAUGUUGAUUCAAAUGUAAAUUCUUUCUUUUGUAAGUUUUUGAACAAAUUUUGUUGAGAAAUUAAUUGGAUAAACUUGUAUUCGUUGGAUGUUACAAAAUGUGCAUAGCAUUCAUGUGUGGAACUCUAAAAUUU